AGCUAGGUGGCGGUGUGUGAAGAAGACGACACGAGUCUAAACUAAACACACCGGUGAGGAGAUAUUACAAACUUACAAGCUGUUCCCUGAUGUUUUAUUUGAAGUCUUCGGCUCCUCAGGUGUUUAUUUAAAGAAGCUGACGUCAACAGUGAGGGAUGGCGGUUGAACAAUUUGUGUCAAAGACCCUCGAGCUUCUACAGGAGGAGAGGGAGGCUGAAAUAGAGGAGACCAGGAUAUGGCAGGAGAACAUCUCUCUUAAGGAUCUUCAAAAUAAAGGUGUUUGCCUGCUGAAAUUGCAUAUAGGAAGUCAGUCCACAGGCUUGUAUGGUCGCACAGUCGUCGUCCUUGAGCCCAGAAAGCAUCUUGGUUUCUCAUCUCUGCCGAGCAACAAUUUUGGACCUGGCGACAUAGUCGGCUUGUAUGACACUGGCGGAUGCACCGCAGACUCGCAAAUUGGCACAGGAAUAGUGACGAGGGUCAGCCAAGCUUCUAUUAGUGUUGCCUUUGAUGAUUCAAAGGAUGGCCUCAGCUUUGAUACAGAUGCUCUUUAUAACCUCUUAAAAUUGGCAAAUGACGUCACCUACAAACGAAUGAAAAGGGCCUUGAACACCUUAAAUGGAUACAGCAAUGGACCGGCUGGCAAUCUGAUAAAUGUUCUCUUUGGAGACACAAAACCGUCUUCUCAAUCACAGCCAAAUGAAGUUGAAUUCUUUAACUCGAACCUGGAUGAUUCCCAAAGAGAGGCCGUGUCAUUUGCUCUGUCACAGAGAGAACUGGCCGUGAUUCAUGGACCACCAGGCACCGGGAAAACCACCACAGUGGUGGAGAUCAUCCUGCAAGCGGUCAAACAAGGCCAGAAGGUCCUGUGCUGUGCCGCCUCUAAUGUAGCUGUGGAUAAUUUAGUGGAGAGGUUAGCCCAGUGCAAGGCAAAGGUCCUGAGGCUGGGUCACCCCGCCAGACUGCUGGAGUCCAUUCAGAAACAUUCACUAGACGCCAUCCUCGCUCAGAGCGACAACGCAAACAUCAUCGAUGACAUUCGUAAAGACAUCGAUAAAGCUUUUGUGGGAAUGAAGAAGAUGCGUGAAAAAGGAGAGCGGGUGAAUUUCAAAAGGGAAAUAGGAGAGCUAAGAAAAGAGCUGAAAACCAGGGAAGCUACAGCCAUCACUCAGAUCCUGAAACGUGCUGACGUUGUGCUGUCGACCAACACAGGUGCUUGUGAUGACGGCCCUCUGAAGUUUCUGCCAGCGGAGCAUUUUGAUUGGGUGGUGAUAGACGAGUGCGCUCAGGCCAUGGAGAGCAGCUGCUGGAUCGCCCUGCUCCGAGCACGCAAGUGCAUUCUUGCUGGAGACUACAAGCAGUUACCGCCUACUAUCAAAUCGCAAACGGCUGCUUCAAAAGGUCUGUCUCUCAGUCUCAUGGAGAGACUUAUCCAGAUGUACGGGGACUCAGUGGUCCGCAUGCUAACGGUUCAGUACCGCAUGAACAGUGCCAUCAUGGAUUGGGCCUCCAAAGAGAUGUACCAGGGAAGACUAACGGCUCACAGCUCUGUGGAGAGACACGUGUUAAAAGAUCUGCCAGGGGUCACCUGCGUCGACGAGACCGUCACGCCGCUGCUUCUUAUCGACACUGCCGGCUGUGGUCUGAGUGAGAUGGAGGUGACAGAUGAGCAGUCCAAAGGCAACAAAGGUGAGGUAGACAUUGUUGAAUUGCACAUCAAGGCGUUGACUGAAGCUGGGCUCAAAGCGAAAGACAUAGCUGUUAUUGCUCCAUACAAUCUACAGGUCGAUCUUCUGCGUCAGAAACUGUCUUUGAGGCACCCAGAGCUGGAGAUAAAGUCGGUGGAUGGAUUUCAGGGCAGAGAGAAAGAGGCCGUGGUGUUGUCGUUGGUUCGCUCCAACAGAAAAGGGGAAGUUGGAUUUCUGGCGGAGGACAGAAGGAUCAAUGUGGCUGUAACACGUGCGAGACGACACGUCGCUGUAGUGUGCGACACCCAAACUGUCCAGAGUCACGCUUUCUUGAAGUCCCUCAUCAGUCACAUGACUGAGUUUGGCGACGUCAGAACAGCAUUUGAGUAUCUCCAAGACAUCGUGCCACAGAACCACACCCGCGAUCACAAAGACACAAAGGCUAAUACGUCUACAACCAAACAGAAGGUUAAAGAUCAGCCUCCCAGCAAAACAAAGCAAGGACAAAAGAAGCCAACUGGUAGCAGCAGUAAAGAAAAUAGUGCUGCUACGCAGGACAAAAAGUUGCUGACAGAGGAAGAGCAGAACAAGAACAGAUAUACCGAGAUCAGAGAGCAGGUGGAGAGCUUUCUGAAGGAUUCAAAUCGAGGUGAACUACAGUUUCCGUCAUCGUUUAACUCGCAUGACCGGCUGCUGGUACACCAGAUCGCGGAGGAGCUGGGCCUCGUGCAUGAGAGUAAAGGCGAGGGGAAAGACAGGUGUAUCACUGUGUCCAGGAAGCCGGUGUCGGCACCAUCUGAGGAGCCAACAAAGGAAGAAGAACAAGAAGAAGUCCAGGACGAGAAGACGGUCUCCAGUCCCCAAAAAGAGCCACUGGCUCAACCUCCAUUAGACCUGAAAAGUUUACAUUUGGAGCGAAUGAAGAGGGAGCAGCAGAAAAGGGAAGAAAAUGCUCGACAAAGGAAGGAACAGAACAACAUCCCGAUACCUUCAUCAUCAAAGAAGCCCAAGUCGGCUAAAGCAAAGAACCGAACGAAGGCGGGCGCCUGUGACAUCGCUGCCGCUGCUGCUCCGGAUGACGACUUUGACGCACUUAUCAACGCUGUCAAGAAGGCCGACAGUGUGUGCAGUUUUGUCAAGUGUAAAGCUUCUGUGCUAACACUUGGGCAGCUUUGCCUGUUCUGCAACAGACAAUACUGUCUCAGUCAUCAUAUACCAGAGGUGCACGGCUGUGGAGAUAAAGCUAAGUCUCAUGCUCGGAUGAGAAUAAGCAAAGAAGGCGUUCUUUAUGCCGGGAGUGGCAAGAAAGAUAAAUCCAUGGACCCCAAUAAGAAAGCCUACCUGCAAAGGAAACUGGACUCUAAGCUGAAAGACAUGGCGUCACAGAGGAAACCAAAGAAAGAGGACAGUUGAUAACGAUAACAAAUCAAAGUCAUAAAUUAACUAAAAAUAGAUAAAUACUCUGUUCUGAACAUAAUUAAACAGUUCAAAUGUGGAA